AUGGAUGCUCAGGUGACUGACCCUUCAGGACUGCAACAAAAGAACUGAAGCUGCGGGAGCGAGCUGGCUGGUGCUGUGCGGAGCUCUGGUGCAGAAGGCCCUCACCAGGGGUGCCCAGAGCCAGGGUCUGUGCCCCGCGGGCUGGGUCCAGGUCACAGGCGCUGGGUGAACAGAAUGAGAAGACGAAGUGAGGAUGUACUCGUUAGAUGCUCAUGAAAGGCCUUCUUCCCCUUGGUUCGGAACGACCCCCCGGAAACUAGUCCCAGGCCGCACCUGGAUUCAGCCGCAGGCAAUUCAGAGGAGCACGAGCCCAGGGGCCUCGGGAGGGCUUCGGUGGUUAGGAGCGGGGUGAAGGGAGACUCGGGAGGGCCGCGGGUAGGUGCAGCUCUAAGCGCCCUACAGCUUGCAUGGAAACGCAACAGAGACUUCCCUUUUGCACUGUCUGCGGGGACAACUGUUCCAGCCCGGGGACAAGGGGACGCUGUGCUGUGGGGAAAGCCCGGGUGGCAGGAGGUGGCGGGGCUCCUGGAGGAGGUGCUGGGAUGCGCUGCUGUGGCUGCUGAGAAAGGUCCUGAGGACGCAGCCCGCCCCUUCCAAGCUUCGAGGGAGCCCCGCGGGGAGGACCGGCAGGGUCUCUGGGAGGGUGGAACAGGGGAGCCUGGAGUCUCAGGGCUGAGGGGAGGAGAGUCGUUCUGUGUGGUGAGCGUCCCACCCAGCCUGCCCUCCCUGCUCACUGCGGGGUCGCGCACCUGCUCUGCUACGGGCCUCCCCUCAGCCCUGGCCUCCAGGCAGUUUCCUUUCUCAGGUAGAUUGUGUGCGACUUCAUUUAUUCAGAAUCUGGAUCAACAAAUGAACACUCAGGGAGGAAAGGGGUGUUUGGGGGGGUGGAGAGGUUUCCAAGCAGGCGCCCACCUGAGGGCCCCCUGA